AUGGGGCGCGCCGCGAGGCGCGCCGCGCCCGCGAAGCGCCGCAAGCUCGACCACGGCGCGACCACCCCGUCUGCGGUCCGCGUGGAGUACGACGGCCACGAUCCCGCGUCCGCGUCCGCGUCCGGGAGAGCGCCGCAUCCCGUCGACCGCGUCCCCGCGAGCUCCGUCACCGCGGAGACGUUUUUCGCGAAUCACGUCGCGCGACGACGCCCCGUCGUCCUCACCGGCGACCUUCGCGGGACGCCGUGGGCGCGCGCGCGCGAGACGUGGACGGAUCGGCGACUCGCGGACGCCGCCGGGGACGCGACCGUCCGCGUCGAGGUGAGAGCCGCGGCCGGGGAUCGGUACGGCGUCGGGUCGUACGAGACGACGACGUUCCGCGAGUUCAUGCGGAGGUUCGUCGACGGAGACGACACGCGGUACCUGACCGCGUCGCCCGCGGCGACGGACGCGCACGGCCGCGGCGUCGUCGCGUCCGCGCCGGCGUCGCGGCUCCUGAGAGACGCCGAGGACGAGGACGGCGGCGGCGACGGCGGCGACGGCGACGGCGACGGCGGCGGCGUCUCCAAGCCCCCGGUGCGGCCGUCGAAGCUGACGGGACGCCUCGUCCCCGCCAACGUCAACGUGUGGAUGGGCCGCGCGAGAGACGGCGCGUCCUCGGGGCUGCACCACGACCACCACGAUAACCUGUACGUUCUGAUGCGCGGGAAGAAAAAGUUCGAGCUGUACGCGCCGUCGUGCGUGGAGGACAUGUACGUCGCUGGGACGCCGACGCGCGUGCACGCGAACGGGCGCGUGAACUACGCGGAAGCCGGAGAGACCGCCGAGGACGGGGACGACGGAAGCCUCGUCGCGCGCGUCGCCGCGAUUGCGACGCGCGACGCGGAGGAGGAGCUUCAGCUCGCGGAGGAAGCGGUCGAGCGCGGGGACGACGGCGCGAGCGAGCGGUUGAGGAUCGCGGAGGAGAGGAUGGAGACCGCGAUGGACGAGGCCAUCGGCGGCGGCGGCGGCGGCGGCGGCGGCGGCGACGACGACGACGACGCGUUCGAUUUCGAUUUCGCCGCGGGCGGGAAGUUCCGGGACGACUUCGACGACCUCGACGAGGACGACGACGACGCGGACGCGGACUCGGACGACGACGACGACGACGCGGGGCCCGGGAAGAAGGGGAAGGAGAAGGAAGAGGAGGACGGAGACCCGCCGAGUUUCAGCCGCGUGGACCGCGCCGACCUGAGCGCGUUUCCGCGGUUCAAACGCGCGUACGAGACGAAGCGCGCGGAGACGACGGUGCGCGCCGGGGAGAUUUUAUACCUCCCCGCGGGGUGGUUCCACGAGGUGACGUCGUUCGACGACGAGGCGGAAGCCGGGGGCGGUCACCUGGCGUUAAACUACUGGUUUCACCCGCCGGCGAAAUCAGAGGCGGCGGGCGACAGCGGCGAGCGCGAGUACAGGUUCGAGACGCCGUACGGCUCCGAGGCGAGGCAGCGCGCGUGGGAGAGCGAUUGGCGCGCGUGGCGAUCGCUGAAGAGUUUAGGGAGAUAG